GAGAGGGGGAGGGGGGCGGGGGGUGGGGGGUGAGGUUAAAGAUCUUGUUAGAUCGAGCUAUAAUCGCUACUCAAUCUUCUACAUUAUCUCUCAUUCUAAUACUUCAGGUGCAGCAUCAUGGGGAGGGAGCCAAGUGGUGUACAAGUCGAACAAAAGGCGAACGGGGUUGCUCAUGACAUAGUUCAUGUUGAUCCAAGAGUUGCAGGAAGAAACAUUGAGGCCAAGGACUAUGAAGUGAAGGAAUGUACUGAAGAAAACUUGAUCAUUGAAAAAUAUCAAGAGAAGCAAGAGGUGUUGAGUACUAAAAGCACGAAUGUUGAUGCGGAGGAGAAAUACGAGAAGCCUCGAGUCGACGAGUACAAGAAAUCGAGCCCAAUUGGAUCGAAAUCUCCAGGAAAUAUGAGGGGGCAAUGCACUGUUCCUCAGCCAUUUUCAUUGGAAACCGAAAAGCGCGGUCUGUGCACACAUAUUGGUGUCAACAGUUCACCAAAUAUGCAAUCUCCUUGUGCUAAGAAGAACUCUCAGCCAAAUUCACCUCCUUCGUUAAGGAAGCAUAUGCAGCUCGAUAAGAAAUAUCACGACGAAGAAGAUAAUUGGUCUAUCACUUCCUCUACUGCUACUUCUGUGAAAUCUAAGGUAACGGUUUGUGUUGCUCCGACAUUUCGAUCAGCUAGUCGUGCCGAGAGAAGGAAGGAGUUUUACCAAAAGUUGGAAGAGAAACACAAAGCUUUGCAGGCAGAGAAAAGCCAAUAUGAAGCUAGAACGAAGGAAGAACAGGAAGCAGCCAUCAAGCAACUAAGGAAGAGCUUAAUCAUCAAAGCAAAUCCAGUGCCUACUUUCUACUAUGAGGAACCUCCACCCAAAGCUGAACUCAAGAAGCUGCCAUUGACUCGACCCAAGUCGCCAAAUUUUACUCGGAGAAGGAGCUGUGGUGAUGCAGUUAACUCAAAUGUAGAGAAGGGAAAAGUAUGUGCUCGAGAGAAACGACAUAGCCUCGGUAGUAUCAGGGCAGUGUCGACUAAUCUUACGAUGACUCCGAAAGUCAACGGGAAAGUCAGCGGUCGGAAUAGUGGUAGCAAGGUGAAGGAGAGAGUAAAUGAGGAGAAGGAGACUGGAAAAAGCUCUGGUGCUAAGAUUCCUGAGCAGAGAAGCAAUUUGGAUAUAAGAGUUCAGUCAUGAACUUGGUCAAAGGAGUUGUCCUUUUGCUUUUGAGUUUUAACUGGAUUUUGGUAAUAUGAAAUUUGUAAAUGUUUGGUACUCAUAAUUUGUACUCACAAAUAUCUUAGCCCAGGAGAAAGAGAGUGUGUGUGUGUGUUUUGUUGACUUCUUUUCUUGAUUUAGAAAUGGUUUUGGAAGAUUUAACACUAUUUUCCUUUUGAUUCUCUCAUGCACGAGACGACUUUUCGGCGUCGUGUAUGGUUUUGUUCUGUUGGGAUAGAGUUUGUUGACUAUUUAUA